AUCCCACGUUCAACAUUCACACGCUAGCUAGAGUUCAACACUCUGAGCCUUCUCGUUGGUCCGCAUCCAAGAAGCGAGAUUUGCGGCCACACAGAGACAAAUCGGAAUCUACAGCCGCGCCGGCGCAUUCAGCUCCAUCGCCCUGCAGUGCCGGACAGUCACUUGAACACGGCAGUUCACCCAGCACUCAAGCCUUGGCUGUCGCUGUGAUAUCAGUCAGGAGAACCCCUCACCCAUCUAGUCUCCAGGCAACCUGCUUCCUAUCCAGUUGCUCGCGCCACAGCCAAUAUGGCUGAUAUUAGCAACGGGCCCAUGGCCGACGGUAGCCAGCUGCGAGAGCGGCCAAACGCCAAACCACUACAUCUCAACAAUGCAGAGGAUGCUAAGCAAAAGGUUCUGCAGUUGAACAACGAAGAAAAUAAAAAGCACAAAGGUGACGCCAGCAAAAAGCGAACCUAUGGAAGGACUCCAGAUGGUACAGUUUUCGUUGUUCCCCAGACCCACGACAUGGUCUCACAACUUCUCUCGCCUUCACAACCUAAAAACUUGUCGGAUUUAGCAGUCCUUGGUGUGCUCGCUUCCAUGAUUUUGACCUUCUUUGUACUGCCCAAAAGCGCCCGUAUUCCCAUAUUCGCAAUAGUCUUCCUCUUCUGGCGCGCCGGCUACAAUGCAGGCAUUGGUUGGCUGCUCGACGGCCAGUCCAAGCACAACCGCCUCGUCUUGUGGGCGAAGCAGAGCCACAUCUUUGAGAAUCCCGAAACAGGCAAAAACCCACACCCGGCCCUAUACAAACUUCUCAAGCGUGAGCUAGAGAUCAAGAUCCCAGAGGAUUACAAGUUUGAAGAAGCGCCGCUUGAGUACAACACAUGGCUCGUGUUUAGACGUGUGGUAGACCUGAUUCUGAUGUGUGAUUUCGUGUCAUACUGCCUAUUCGCCGUCGCCUGCUUCAACCGACCCCAGGAGAGCUGGUUCCUGUGGGGUUUGCGAUGGACGACGGGCGUCGUCCUCUUUCUUUUCAACCUUUGGGUCAAGCUUGAUGCGCACCGAGUUGUCAAGGACUUUGCAUGGUACUGGGGUGACUUUUUCUACCUCAUUGACCAAAGCCUGACAUUCGAUGGCGUUUUCGAGAUGGCACCGCACCCCAUGUACUCGAUUGGGUAUGCCGGAUACUAUGGUAUUGCCCUAAUGACGGCAAGCUACAAAGUCCUAGCAAUCUCCAUCAUCGCCCAUGCUGCCCAAUUUGCUUUCUUGUCCAUCGUAGAGGAGCCCCAUAUUGAAGCGACGUACAACCCAGCUCCUCCCCGCCGCACGCGCCAAAUUUCUGGGGAGGCUGCUCACGAAGACCACUCCAAGAUUGGUCAAUCCGAACUCGGAUUCGGCGACACUGUCCAUGACCCUUCUAAGCAACCUGCCCCUACGCACCACAUUGUAGGACCUUUGAACACAGAUUUCCAUCGUUCCAUCGAUGUCACGGUAGUACUGCUUUCGUUCUAUAUGAUAUGCUUGGCGGUGCUGACUCCCAACACUUGGACGGUGAAAGCAUUCCUCUUCGUCAAUGCUUUCGGAUGGCGGCUAUGGUACGCAUUGGGUUUAGGCUACAUCCUGGACCGACAGUCCAAGAAGAAGAACUGGACCAAGCAUUUUAUCAAGUAUGGCGAUACCAAAGAAGAGGCCUGGCGCCAGUGGAAGUCCCUCUACCACAUGAGCAUGACCAUGAGUCACGCAAGCUUUGUCGCACUCGCCUGGAAGAUGUACAGCCUUCCUCCUGAAGGCUUGAGUGGACUUGCGCUCUUUCGCCACGUUCUUGGUGCGGCCAUGAUCGCCCUUCAGUUGUGGGUUGCUAUGAGCAUCUACGAAUCGCUUGGAGAAUUUGGAUGGUUCUGUGGCGACUUCUUCUUCGACCCGCCUUCGAAAUCGCUUACUUACAGUGGCAUCUACCGCUUCCUAAACAAUCCAGAGCGGGUUCUUGGGCUCGCCGGUGUCUGGGGUGUAGCCAUCAUAACAUGGAGCCCUGCAGUCUUCUAUCUCGCUACAACAGCCCACGUUCUAAACCUCGCGUUCCUGCAAUUCGUAGAGAAACCACAUGUGAUCAAGUUGUACGGCCGCAAUCUCCGCGAAAUGUCAGGUGUCAGCAAGACUGUGCGUCAAGCGUUGCCUGACCCAGUCCGCCAGUGGCAGUCGGCAGCCGACCGGUACAUCAACUCGAUUAUGGAAAAGAUUGAAAAAUUCUUGGACGAUACAAGACCAAAGAUUGCGGCUAAAUUCAGUACAUUUGCCCAGGGCGUGACGGGCCUCUUCAACAUCUCUCCGAGGCGGAUGACUAUCAGAGGGGCUUCACAAGACAUGUCUGGUUUGGACCCCAAGCAAUACAAGCUAGAGGUUGAAGGAACCUUGUUACCGGCGACUGUUGAAAAGCAGAGGAAUGGCGGCCGCGAAGGCGAGCUUGCCAGGAUUCCGGCGGUACGGACGAAUGACUUCAAGACACUGGCACUGGAAUACGGUGCGCCCAUCAAGGUUCGUUGGCAGGCGCCUCUCAAUCACAGCAAGAGGGACUGGAUUGGUCUAUACAUGGUUGCCGACAAUCAGUCUCGCGAGGUUACACACAUUAGCUCGAAUGGACGAUGGGUUGCCACCAACAGGGACAUGUUUGACUCUGUUCGUGCCGAUGAUGGCAUACUAGUCUCGGACAAGCUACAAGCUGCAAACGCUGCUGAUGAAGAAGAAGCAUCCGACUGCUACACUGGCGAAGUCGAGUUCCGCGGAGACAAGCUUUGGUGGACCACUGGUGUGUUUGAGUUUAGGUAUCAUCACGACGGUGGACACCACGUCAUGGCACUCUCGCAGGCCUUUGAGAUUCAGAUUCCAAAGUUUGACGAGGAAGACGUGGAGGUGGACGAGAAUGGAACGACGCAUCGGGCCGUGGAAGCGGCGCUUCUUCCCAUUAUCCAGAACUGCUUUGACCGCGACCCAGAGAUUGCGCCUUCGACGCCCGAGGAGCCUUUUGGCAGCCGGGUCGAGCGCCAUGGUAAAUUUGCUAAGCGCGUGGUGUUUGCGGUACACCAGAUGUUCGGUAUCGAGUUCGCACCUGAGGUUGUACAAGCGGAUGGCACAGUUAGGAACCUUGCCUGGCGCAUCUGCAAUGCGAAGAAAGUCUUGGCCCCUUACAGCAUGACUGCCACUCACGGCAGAAACACACCAACAUGAGAAGUAGUAGGGUGGUGAGAAUGGCGCUGCAGUGUAACGAUGGGCUUGGCCCGAUUUCUUUGUUAUCUCUGUGGCAAUGAUGUAUUUUUUUGGAGGAGAGAGGUGCUUGGUUGGGAAAAAGGAUGGGCAGAAAACGUCAUGGGAAAUGUACGAUACUUGAUCGUUCUGGAUGUGUCUGACUUGUCAUGAUGGGUUAGAAAACGGAAUGCAUUGAAGCAACGAUUUAGUUCUUGAAAGCAUUUGCAGCGGGGUUGAGGGUGUGUGUGUGCGUGUUGGUAUGCCGGUAGGUAAGAAAUGCUACCUCAGAGAGGAUUGGAUGCGCACACACACGAAUUUCUUUAAACCAGAAAUAGAAUAGAAAGAGCUUUUUGUCAUCCUAG